AUGAUCACUGAGCCGAUCAGCCGUGGCAGCCCAGACAAAUGUCCUCCAAAAUCUUUCACUCGUAUCCCCAUUCACACACACGCCAACCUCCCCUUCCGCAGGCUCGUCGGAGACCGCAAGGCGCUGCAGUUGGCCAAAUACCACGCAGAGACCCGGUACACUGCCGUGGGAAUACUGGAGGAGCUGCCCCUCUCUUACAAGGUGUUCCAGCACUACCUGCCCUUGUUCUUCGCGGGGACGUCCACGCUCGAGGAGGGGACGGGCCAUAUACGAAUGAACAGUCAAGACGAAAAGCCAACAGUCUCUGAGCGGACGAAGAACAUGAUGAGGUCCUACUUGAAGGAGGACUUGGAAUUCUAUCAUUUCCUCAAGCAACGACUUUAUCUCCAAGCUGAAGCGAUAGCGAAACAGCAGUAGUUUUUUUGUAUAUCUAUUAUCAUCAUUAUCAUUUUUUUAGAUAUGGGUCCAUUUUUGUUUUGUUUAUAAAAAUGACGAGAGUGCAGUA